GCAUCACCCGCAACACGACGACAAAGCAGCUUCGUGAUCAUUUCGCAGCCUAUGGCCGCGUGCUCGACUGUGUCGCGAUGCGCCAGUCAGAUGGACGGCCGCGUGGCUUUGGCUACGUGACGCUGGACUCUCCGCAGGCUGCCGAGCUGUGCCUCGCAGCGCCGCAGGUCAUCGAUGGCCGUGUCGUGGACAUGAAGCGCGCAGUUCCGGAGGGUGACAUGGACUCUGCCCCAACUGCGAGGCUCCACACGCCCGGAACCACCCGCCUGCCACCGGGACUGGUGGUCACAGGUCCCGCCUUACGUGGCCCUCCGGGGCUUGAGCCGCCCUCGCCGACGUUGGCUCUGAGUGCCAUGAUGGACCUCUACAGUACCAUCCCAGAGGCGCCGUAUCCCUGGGACCAGGCAGAGGCCGUGCCGGACUGCCUGGCGCUGCUGCGCACUCGACCUGAAGACCUUUACUUGGCGGACACCCCGAG